AUGGAAUCCACUGACGUUGAAAUACGCUGGCGUCCUCUCUCUCCUCCGGAGGAGUCCCCUGCUUACCCGGGAUUUUACCCAUCGGUAACCGAGUUGCCAGUGGGCCAUAAGCGGAGGGAAAAUUCUCGUCCCCUCCAUGAGCCUAUGAUCUUUGAGCGAGAUCAAACUCUUCGCCUUCGUGAUGGGACCAAGAUAUUCGCCGACAUAUAUCGUCCCACCAAUGAGACUCUUGUACCGGCUAUCAUGGUUUGGGGCCCGUAUGGGAAGUCUGGGAGUGGUCGCUUGAACCUCAGCUCUUUCCCAAUGCGAGCUGGUGUAGCAGAAAACCGACUCUCCGGUUACGAGAGUUUUGAAGGCCCCGACCCUGCUGAAUGGGUACCACGUGGCUACGCUGUUGUCAACGUGGAUGCCAGAGGCGCAAUGGAUUCCGAAGGAUCCAUGAGAUUCUGGGGUUCCGGUGACGGAAAAGACGGAUACGACGCCAUUGAGGGUAUUGCGGGUCUACCAUGGUGUAGCGGAAAAGUAAUGCUAGGAAACUCCUGGCUGGCUAUAUCUCAAUGGUUUAUUGCCGCUGAGAGGCCGCCACAUUUGGCUUGUAUUGCUCCCCUUGAGGGCGUUAGCGAUCCACUCCGGGAGCAGUGUCGUCGAGGGGGAAUUCCCGAGAUGCAAUUUGGGAGGGCGCUAGCUGGCCUUCUCUGUGGUCGCAAUGGCAUGGAAGAUAUCGGAGCAAUGGCUGAGGAGGGCCUUACAAAUUCUUACUGGGAGGAUAAAAGGGCUAAAAUAGACCAAAUCCAGGUCCCGGCAUACAUUUUGGCCAGCUAUUCUACGAUGCUUCACACGAUAGGAUCUCUCCGAGGCUAUGAAGAGAUCCCCCAUGAUAAAAAAUGGCUUGUAAUCCAUGGGACUCAGGAAUGGUACGACUUGUACUCUCCUGAGAGAAUUCAGGAAUUGAACAUUUUCUUUGACUGCUACAUGAAAGACCCGAAUAAUUGGGAGAGUACACCCCGUGUGCGCGCUACUGUACUGCCGUUCAACCGGCCGGCGCUGACCGGAAUCCCUUUCGAAGAACCUUUCUGGCCUCAUCGCCAGACCACUAAUAAACGACUGUUUUUGAGCUCGGAGAGUCGUUUGACAGAGACUCAGCACCAAGAGCCAGGACAAUCGGUGUACCAAGCCGAUGCUGCACCCAUCUGGCAAAGAGACAACGAUCCAGGAGAAAUCCAGUUUUCGUUCACCUUCCCUCAGCGAACAACCAUUCUCGGUCCGUCGCGUGCUGUUCUUUACGUCGAGCCAAAGCAGGGGCCGGACAUGGAUGUCUACGUGCAUUUGAGAAAAGCAGACCAGACUGGGAAGCUUCUACAGCAUGUCAAUAUACCACUCAAGGAUCUGGGGGUUGCUUCUGCAGAAGAAGUUCCUUUGACAAAUCCAAUGAAAUAUUUCGGUCCACAUGGCAUUUUGAGGGCAUCUUACCGAGAUGUGGCAGAAGAGUUGUCGAAACCGCACUGGAAAACGCUCUCACACAGGAAGCGUCUGCCGGUAAAGGUGGGAGAGGCAACGCGAUUGGAGAUUGAGAUCUGGCCCACGGGCAUGUUAUUUGAACCAGGCGAGCAACUGGUCAUGAAGAUCUCGGGCCAUUUCAUGGGCCCCGCGGAGUUUGAAGCUUUGCAGGGAACUUUUCCUGUUUGUAACAAAGGGGAGCAUUCUAUUCUAUGGGGCGGAGAAUCUGCAAGCUAUCUCGAGAUUCCGACUGUGAAGAUCGCCGAAUUCUCAUGA